CGUUUCAUCCAGACCACUCGAAAAACUCUCUUGCGUUUUUUUCUAUAGCCCUGGGCACUUUUCACCCUGUUCUUUGGUAAAAACUACCGGUAGAGACAAGACUUCUCAAGGGAACCGGCAAGGAUGGCCCCAACUAAGACUCAGAACGCGCCCUACAGCAAGGACGAAAAGGUCCUAUGCUUCCACCACGAGAUGCUCUAUGAGGCCAAGAUCCUCGAGAUCCAGCCAAGUGAUGAUGGACUAUACUUGUACAAGAUUCACUACAAGGGGUGGAAGGCUUCUUGGGAUGACUGGGUGCCUCAGGACCGCAUCCGCAAGUUCAACGAUGAGAACAGAGAACUUGCCAAGCAGCUCAUGGACCAGGCCCGCGCGAAUAUGCAGAAGCAUUCAAAGCCCGCCAAGAAGGCUGCUCUGAAGAAUGGCUCAGACUUCAGCUCUGCUCGUGGCAGCGAGGAGCGGACGGGAGGUGCUGCGACCGCGUCUGGGCGGGGCCCGCGACGGACGAGGGACUUUGAUAUGGAGCUUGAAGAUUCGUUUCACAGCAAACCGUCUAUCAAGCUAUGGUUCCCCGAUCACUUGAAGGGUUUGCUUGUCGAUGACUGGGAGAACGUCACCAAGAACCAGCAGCUUGUGGAACUCCCACACAAGAAGGCGACCGUGGAGAAAAUCCUUCAGGACUACCUGGAUUAUGAAAAGCCCUGCCGUGCGGGCGAUGACACACAGAUCGAUAUCCUGGAGGAGACCAUCAGCGGCCUUCGAGAGUACUUUGACAAAGCCCUUGGUAGGAUUCUGCUGUAUCGAUUCGAGCGCCUGCAGUACGCUGAGCAGCUGAAGGAGUGGAACGGAGAGCAAGGACCAAGCACCACAUACGGUGCUGAACACCUGAGCCGAUUGCUUGUGUCUCUGCCGGAGCUGAUCACCCAAACAAACAUGGAUCUGCAGUCCGUCACGCGCCUCCGCGAAGAGCUUGUCAAAUUUACCAACUGGCUUUGCAAGAAUUACGAGACUUACUUCCUCGAUGAAUACAUGGUUCCCGGCACUGAAUAUGUGGAAAAGGCGCGCGGUUAG